AUGGAUGUCAUCAACAGCUCCGAAAGCGCCUGGAGGAUCGGCAUGAUCCUAGUAGCCGCCACCGCCGUCUACUUGAUUCUAUAUCGAUCAUCCACAAAGUCCCUUCUAAACAGAGUAUCCCUACGUGGCCGACGAGAUUCAACAGCCAAAACCCCACCGCGAUCCUUCUCCCCAGAGAAAGCCCAGCCCAAUAGCGCCACAUCCCCUGCGAGGUACAAUCAUGCCCUGCCACCCCAGCGUAGGGAAGCCCUCCUACAAUUACAGGAGAAAGCUAUACGCUGGCGGGAAGUCGACGAGACCGAAAUGCGCCAGAAUGUCUUGCCCAUGACUGCCGACUAUAAGACUAGCCCAGGCAACCUUUACACUCCGACUGGAUUCUCGAUAGACGAUAUCAAAGCCCUAGGAGACUUCCCCGAUUAUGCAACACUCAGCGGAGUCCCCUUGCCCAGCCCAUAUCCGGAACACGAUAUUGAGAAAGCAAAGCCUAGACCAUACAGGCCGUUCAGGUGGUCUUACCAUCAGACUAUGUCAUUGACUAAACUGGAAACCGACUGGUGGAUUGAGCUCGAAAGCAGCUAUAAGGACCGCAUUGCCCAGCGCAAAGAACUCUUCGCUCAGAACGGCAAGGCGGUUCUGGAUGCACUUCCAGGCUCAGAGCUAGCCUGUAAGGAGCUCAUGGAAAUGGUCAUUCAAUUCAUCUGUGCAAGAUAUCCCCAGCACUUCACUCUAGUCGACAAACGUACCUUGCAAAACCACAUUCUUGGCACGGAGCAGGAUAUUCGUGCUAAACCUCCACUUGAAGUCCUUCUCGACAACGUGCCCGAAGACUUUGCCCUCAUGCUGCGGGAUGAUCAAACUGGAUAUUAUUUCCUUCGAGCAGCUGUGAUUUGCUCUGCGCUUGGAUGGAAUGUUGGCUCGAAGAUUGGGAAGCAGUUGCACCAAAUUCAUGAACCGAUUCCGGAUUACAAGGAGAAGAUGCAGUUUUCAAUGGAUCGCUUCUUCACGAAAAUGCCAACUGAAAAACCCAUUCAACGGGGUUCAUGGGGGUUUGAAGUCGGCCAGCCCCUGUACAUGCCACCAGGAGACCCCCACGAGGCUCUCCGGAAGUUGCAAGACCCAGAUCUGCAUUUGAAAGAUUGCACUCUACGGGUGGACUGGCAGACUCUUCGUCGUCUACCUCUGUCGGCGUCCGUUGUGUUCAACUUCAAGGCAUUAUUCACUCCUAUUACGGAGUUCCGUGAUGAACCUGGGGUGCCGGCACUGGUUUCCACGGUGCUGAAGGAAGGGAAGAAGAACUUGAUGGAUUACAAGGGAGUGUGGCACGUUCAACAUGUUAUCCUACCCAAGCUGGAAGAGUGGGCAAAGGAGCAAGAGGAGAAGGGACUUGUUCCCAAGGAUUGGCAAGUUGCUACGUUGGAUGAUAGCCCCUGGUUCAAAGGGUGGGAGGAGAAGUGGCACCGCAAGCAAGGUUUUUAG